GGGUCAUUGGUCUCAACCAAUCACUAAUUGUGAGCUCACAGAUGGACGUGCCAGCCUGCCCAAUGACAACCGAGCAGCAAGUUUAUUAUCCUAAAUACAUGUAAGGCCAGCUGCCCCACCCAGCUUUGGGAGGGAGAUGUGAUAUAAAACCAGCAGGGCGGCUCUUUUCUUUCCCAUUCUGUUACUUACAUCGACUCUUAGCUUGUCGAAAGAAGUAACAUCAGAGGUUUAAUCUCUCUUCUUUAAGUCUCUUUUUCGAGGUUCUUCCUUAUCAACAUCAUGCGUGAGUGUAUCUCCAUCCAUGUGGGCCAGGCUGGUGUCCAGAUUGGCAACGCCUGCUGGGAACUCUACUGUCUUGAACAUGGCAUCCAGCCUGAUGGGCAGAUGCCCAGUGACAAGACCAUUGGGGGAGGAGACGAUUCCUUCAACACAUUCUUCAGUGAGACAGGUGCUGGCAAGCAUGUCCCCAGGGCUGUCUUUGUGGACUUGGAGCCAACAGUGAUUGAUGAAGUGCGUACUGGAACCUACCGCCAGCUAUUCCACCCUGAGCAGCUUAUUACUGGCAAGGAAGAUGCUGCUAACAACUAUGCCCGGGGCCACUACACCAUUGGCAAAGAGAUCAUUGACUUGGUUCUGGAUAGGAUCAGGAAGCUGGCUGACCAGUGCACAGGUCUCCAAGGCUUCCUGGUCUUCCACAGCUUUGGUGGUGGCACCGGCUCUGGUUUUACUUCCCUGCUGAUGGAGCGUCUGUCUGUUGACUAUGGCAAGAAGUCCAAGCUGGAGUUCUCCAUCUACCCAGCUCCUCAGGUCUCUACCGCUGUCGUUGAGCCCUACAACUCCAUCCUGACCACCCACACGACCUUGGAGCAUUCUGACUGUGCCUUCAUGGUAGACAAUGAGGCCAUCUAUGACAUCUGCCGCAGGAACCUUGACAUUGAACGCCCCACCUACACCAACCUCAACCGCCUCAUUAGCCAAAUUGUGUCCUCCAUCACAGCUUCCCUGAGAUUUGAUGGUGCCCUGAAUGUAGAUCUGACAGAAUUCCAGACCAAUUUGGUGCCCUAUCCUCGCAUCCAUUUCCCUCUGGCUACCUAUGCCCCAGUCAUCUCUGCUGAGAAAGCUUAUCAUGAACAGCUCUCUGUAGCAGAGAUCACCAAUGCUUGCUUUGAGCCAGCCAACCAGAUGGUGAAAUGUGACCCUCGGCACGGUAAAUACAUGGCCUGCUGCCUGUUGUACCGAGGUGAUGUUGUUCCCAAAGAUGUCAAUGCUGCUAUUGCCACCAUCAAGACAAAGCGCAGCAUCCAGUUUGUGGACUGGUGCCCCACUGGUUUCAAGGUUGGUAUCAACUACCAGCCUCCCACAGUGGUCCCUGGGGGUGACCUGGCCAAAGUUCAGCGUGCUGUCUGCAUGCUGAGUAACACCACGGCCAUUGCUGAGGCCUGGGCUCGCCUGGACCACAAAUUCGACCUGAUGUAUGCCAAGCGUGCCUUUGUCCAUUGGUACGUAGGGGAAGGGAUGGAGGAAGGAGAGUUCUCGGAAGCUCGGGAAGACAUGGCUGCCCUAGAGAAGGAUUAUGAAGAGGUUGGAGUGGAUUCUAUUGAAGGAGAAGGGGAGGAAGAAGGAGAGGAAUAUUAAGCCUGCUGUCCUGUGUCUUCCUGCUGCCUCAUCUCCAUGUUAUUUCAGCUUGACACACUUAGCUAAAUUGUUAACUGGGCAGUGUUACUGUAAAAGAGUGCAGCAGUCUUCACUAGGAUAUCUUGCCAUUCCACUAUGUGAUCAUGUUGAUUUUCCAUGUCUUUGUAAACGUAUCAUCAUGUCUGUGAAAUAAAAGGCUUUAAAAAGA